CUCUGCUGAGUCCCACUCCAGCCUGGAGCAGCACUCAGUGCCGUCCAGGCUGAAAGCAUCGGAGCUAUUUCAGACACAUUAAAAGGGUCACAGGCAAUACCUCAGCUGGUUAGAAGAAGGUACCUCUUUCAGCAUCAAAAGGAGGUGUGAAUACUCACUUGACGGGAUAAGCCUCUGUCGUAAAAAUGUCAAAACAACCAGCAUCACAUGUCAAAGCCAUUCAGGCUAAUAUUAACAUCCCAAUGGGAGCAUUUCGACCUGGUGCAGGCCACCCUCAUAAAAGAAAAGAAUUUACACCUGAAGAAGUGGAGGAGAAUGUUCCUGCUUCAACAGAGGAGGAGAAAGAGAAGAAGUUGUUCCCAGGAGCUAAGAAACUUCCAGGUCCUGCUGUCAACUUGUCAGAGAUUCAGAACAUAAAGAGUGAGCUGAAAUAUGUCCCCAAAGCUGAACAGUAGCUGGAGGAAGCAGGUCUGACAAGUGAAACUGGAUGGAUUCCAAUGAAUGGAGAAAAUUUCAAAUAUUUUAUAUAUUUGUAUGAAGACCAUGAACUUCCCAACUCUUCAAUACCCUGUAGGAAGUAUCUUCUUUGUACAUUUAUAUCAAUGCUUUCUUGUUGUCCAUUUUGUUUAAUAUAGGAAAGUAGUGCUGAAACAGAACAAAGAAACUAGCAAUGAAUAUAGGAAUGAUUUUGACCUGAGAACAGGGAAUAGUGUAAUUUGAAGCUUGAGCAACAGUAGAAAAAACUUAAAAAUUACAUAAUUAUUUUCAAUUAAUUUGGUUUCUUUCUAUUUGAAAAAUGUCAAUGUGUGCAAAAGAGUUUUUAAAUGACUUCACAGAAUGCAGAAUAAAUGAGGAAUAUAACACCUUUUGUCCUAUUGUGAGUUCCUAUUAUAGAAGAGGAAUCAUGUAUUGUGUAAUAAAGGAAAUGAAAAUAUUAAAAUCAAUGGUCUUUCUGGUGAGUUGAGCCAAAUUCUUCUUUUGUUGUAGAGACAAAGUGUUUCCUUUCCUCUGGAAUCUAAAAUGCACUGCAUUCCUGUUCUGAUACUUUUGCUUCACCUUUAUACAAUAAAUAUACAAGAUGUGAGGUAGAAAACCUGCAACCUUUAUUCAAAUAACCAGUCAUCCAGCCUUGAUGGAACACACUCAUGAAUGUAGGUUGGAGGAUCAUUAUCUUCAAAAGCUCAAAUCAAAAGGAGACAUUGGAAUAUGGAUGCUGGGCAAAAGUAAUGUAUGAUCACAGAGCAAAAGUAAUGUAUGAUCACAGCACCUCUUAUACAGAGUGACUAAUCCUUGAUGCUUGCAUUAUAUGGACUGUACAUAAAAGAAGACUGCUUGAUGCAUAUUGUAUUUUUGGAAAUGAGAUCCUAUUGUAAGAGAAAUUUAAUACACUGUGCCUCCUUGUUCUCUUUUAUGUUACUUACAGUAAAGGAAUAUAAGGACCUGUUUUUAAUAACUUUCUUCUAAUGUUGAUUGAAACUAUUCUACAUACUUUGAAUCUCUCUGCCUGGCUCUUGUUUAUUCAAAUAAAAUAAAGAUAAUUAUUCUGGUUA